UUGUGCUGGGGGUUCAAGUUCCAAAGUGGACUGUCCAGCGGGAACCUACAAUGACCAAAGCGGCCAGUCUAGCUCAGCAGCCUGCCAGGACUGCAGUUCCGGUGAGUACAGCGCCAGUUCAGGUUCCACUUCCUGUCAGACGUGUCCAGCCGGCAAGUCCUGUGGUGCAGCGACAUCUACGCCCUCAGACUGCGCCUCGGGACAGUACUCGCUAGGGGGCGCUUCCUCCUGCACGGAUUGUCCAAUCGGAUACAAGUGUGUGAACCCUACCUUGGGCCCGGUGCAAUGUAACGCGGGGUUUUAUACCGCCAGUACAGGCCAGACGUCAUGUUCUCAAUGCCCUGCCGGCUCCGAGUGUCCGAAUAACGGCGCCCCGGUGGCCUGUUCAGCGGGCUACUACUCCACCCUCGGGGCGGGCGCCUGUACGCCCUGUGCAGCGGGAACUUACGCGAACUCUGCUGGUCAGAGUUCAUGCAGCACAUGCACAGCUGGUCAUGAGUGCCCGGGAACGACCUCUGACCCUGUGGCCUGUGCGGCGGGCUAUGUAGCUGCAGCUGGUAGCGACAGUUGUACUAUAUGUGCUGCAGAUGAAGUUCCCAGUUCUGACCAGAGUGUGUGUGAACAAUGUCCGGCUGGCUCCCAGUGUACCAACCCAGCGUCGAGCCCGGUGUCGUGCAGUGCGGGCACGUAUUCCCUGUUGGGUGAGAGCACUUGCACCAGCUGUCCGGCCGGCUCAUUCUGCGCCUCCACCACCGCCUCCCCCGCCACCUGCCCGGCAAACACCUACUCCACGGGAGGCGCUACGUCCUGCACCAGUUGCCCCGCCGGCUUUGGCUGUGCCUCCGCCUCAUCAACGCCCGUGGCCUGUAACCCUGGAGAGUACAGCGCCAGUGGAUCGAUGACGUGCACACAGUGCAGCGCCGGGUACUACUGCCCCAGUGGAGCGUCCAGCGAGACGCAGUGUCCCAACGGCUUCUUCUCGUCUGUCGGAAGUGACUCGUGCACUCAGUGCAGCGCGGGAAAACAGUGCAGCACCACAGCGGAGACGGACUGUCCUGACGGCUACUACUCCGCGGCCAUGGCCACCUCCUGUACUGUCUGCCCGGCGGGUUUCCAGUGCACGAACAAGGGCGACAACCCGGUGGCCUGCUCCUCUGGCUACUACAACCCGUCAGCCUCCACCACCAACUGCACCUUGUGUCCGGCCGGCUACGAGUGUCCCACCACAUCCAGCACGCCUGCGGCUUGCUCUGCAGGUUACCAGAGCUCCGCUGGAUCCAUCCAGUGCCAGGUAUGUCCCAAAGGUUUCGCCUGUCCCUCCAGCACUGACCCCACAGCGAACACAGCUUGCAGCAGCGGCUCCUAUUCUCUGGAGGGUGUGACCGCCUGUACGUCAUGUCCGGCUGGGAAGUACUGCACGAGUACCACAGAAGCUCUGGAGUACUCCUGCGCUACGGGUUACUACUCAACUGGGGGAAACAGCUCCUGUACAAUCUGCGAAGCCGGUCACAAGUGCCCCAACAAAGAUGGUUCUGGAAUCGCGGCUUGUAACCCCGGCUCUUUCGCCGUGGCUGGUUCCACGGACUGCACUGAGUGCCCGGCGGGGAAGGCGUGCCCUUCUACGACAACCAAUCAGAUGAUCACAUGUGUUGCUGGCUCGUAUUCCAUUGGUUCUCAGACAAGUUGCACGACAUGCCCUGCUGGAAGCUAUUGUCCGUCAACAACGACUGACCUCCAGAUCACCUGUGCCGACGGAACUUUCGCCCUGGAGAACGCUACCUCCUGCACAGCUUGCCCCUCAGGAUACGAGUGUCCAGACCCGAGUUCAAACACCAUGUGGUUACUACAAUGACCAGACGAACAAGACCAGUAUUACAGACUGUAUGCCAUGCCCGUCCCGCAAAUACUGUCCCCGAGGUUCCACAAAUGACGGACUUGAUUGUCCUGCUGGGUUUUACUGCACAGCGACGCAAGAAUCUGGCUUUCAGAAUGCCUGCCCCAUUGGAACUUUUAGCUCCCUCACUGGCUUAGAAAAUGGCACAGAAUGUGAACCAUGCCCGGCAGGGUUCUACUGUCCGGCCGGUUCGGCAUCCGAACCAACAACAGCUCCCACCCCGUGCCCGCCAGGUUCGUACAACCCAUUGCCGAUGACUGGACACCCUACCAACUGUAUCAUGUGUGACCCGGGCUUUGCCUGUCCGCAGUACAACCAGACUGCAGCCACAAUGCCUUGCAAAGAGGGCCAUUAUUGUCCAGAGGGCACUAUACAGGACGACCAGUUUGACUGCCUGCCUGGAACAUUCACCGGCCAAACAAACUUGACUUCGUCCACCGAGUGUGACCCUUGUCCAGAGACUUUGUACUGUGGCUUUGGCACAGGUGUGACCUUCAACCCCCCUCAGCCAUGUGGUCUGGGCCACUACUGCCCGCUUCAGACACCGUCACCUGACCGCUACCCAUGUCCACCCGGUACUUUCACCAACCGGUCGGACUUGUACGAAGAGGCUCAGUGCAGUACCUGUACACAAGGCUACUACUGCAUCGGUGGUCAGUCGGCAGAGACAGACACCUGUCCCCCAGGCUACUACUGUCCUGCAGGGACUGCCCACUGGUCAGAUUACGGAUGUCCAAACGGUACCUACAACUCCCUAUAUGGAAGGUGGGAGGAGUCACAGUGCCUGAACUGUACACUAGGUCAGUACUGUGAGUUUGCUGUCACCGUACCUGAAGACUGCCCAGCUGGCACUUACAUGCCCUAUGGAGAGGAUGGAUCAGGAAAUGUUUUAGGGGUACCUGCUAAAGGCGCCCCUGACUGCCUGGAAUGUCCGGGCGGAUCUUUCUGUGUGCAGAAAACCAUCACUCCGGCUGACUGUAAUGUUGGCUUCUACUCAGAGCCCGGGCAGUUCGGGUGUGAAGUUUGUGAAGCUGGAUACUAUUGUGACAAUGCGACCACUUCAGAGACAGACAUGCUGAACAACAAGAGGUGCACUGGUGGAAAAUUCUGUACUGAUGGUCUCACUUCUCUAUCCUUGGCCACUGACUGCACCAUUGGCAAAUAUUGUCCUGAAGCUACUCCGGAAGAGCUGAACUGCCCUGUGGGUACCAAGAGAGAGACAGUUGGAGCUGCUCUCGUGACUGACUGCCACAGCUGUGACGCAGGCUUCUACUGUGCUGAAGGGUCCACCGACGAGACGGGCCCCUGUGAGCGCGGCUACUACUGUCCCACUGACUUCACAAAUCCUUACGCAGCCUCCCCUCCCACAAUUGGCUCAUACGGGCCUCAGCAGGAACCAUGCCCUGCUGGCAGCUACAUGGAUGAAACCGGUGCCCAAAAUGUGUCGGUGUGCAAGCCGUGCCCGAUGGGUCAGUACUGCCCCCAGGCCAGCAUCAGCCCCAUCGACUGUCCACAAGGCUACUACUGUGAGGCUGAAGUGGGAGAACCUGCACCUUGUCCCACUGGUCGCUAUGGAAAUGAUACAAGAUUGACCACUUUGACAGACUGCCCGUUGUGUGACCCUGGCAGUUACUGUGACGCCCCAGGCCUACUGCAGCCCAGAGCUCCUUGUGACCCUGGCUAUCUCUGCUACUCUGGCGCUAAAACGUCUGGCCCCAUAGACGGUGUGACAGGAGUGUUGUGCCCUGCAGGGGGAUAUUGUGUUCUUGGUUCCUAUGUGGCAGCCCCGUGUCCAGCAGGCACAUACAGCAACGUCACCGGGGCGGUCAACAACUACGACUGUUUCGAGUGUGAUCAGGGCUACUACUGCUCCUCCAUCGCGGGUGGGGAGCCCACAGGCAUGUGCUGGGGGGGCUACUACUGCACCGGUGGGGCCCGAACUCCAAGGCAGAAUAUCACGGACCCUGGUUACUACUCUCCUAAUGGGUCCGCCUCACAGAUAGAGUGUGAGAUUGGCCAUUACAUGCCAUACCCAGCGUACAGCUAUUGCUUCGAGUGUGAUCCAGGAUUCUACUGCCCCAACAAGACCAUGACAGAGCAGAUUGCGUGCCCUGAGGGCUUCUACUGUGGCAAUGGUAGCUACGUACCCCUAGAUUGCCCGCCCGGAACUUUCUCUAACAAGACACACCAAGUGUCUGUUGACAACUGCACAAUAUGUCCCGCCGGUUACUACUGUCAAGACAACGGUGCCACAGGCCCGACGGGCAUGUGUAAGGCUGGACACAUCUGCUACGAGGGCGCGCUCGACGAUGACCCUGUGUACAACGACGAUGCCUCCAACAACAACACCAUCAUCACCUGGGGAGACACGUGUCAUGCUGGGUAUUACUGCCCAGAAGGCACCGCGUUCAUGAUUCCAUGUCCGAGAGGGACUUACAACCCAGACAGAAGUGGCCAGUCGGAAACUGCAGACUGCAAACAGUGUGAUCCUGGGAAGUACUGUAAUGGGACGGCCCUCACUGAGCCUACAGGUUCAGACAGUCCUCUACUGUGUACGAUUGGAAUGUAUACCAACAGUACAGGGAGGGACUCGUGUCUUCACUGUAUGGAGCGCUACAUCUGCUUUGUGGGAGAGGCUCCCAGGAUCUGUCCACAAGGAAGCUACUGUGUGGCCAGCACAGCCCUCAUCCCGGUGACUAUACCCACACCGUGUCCGACCGGUACCUACGGCGCCACCGAUGGACUGGCCCAGGAGACAGAUUGCUCGACCUGUACAGCUGGCAAUUACUGUGAAACAGAGGGUCAGAGCAAUGUCACAGGGCCAAUCAGUGCAGGGUUCUGGUCCCUGCGUGGUUCAGACGUUCCAUCCCCUGCUGACACGGACAACCCAGACCGAGGAAUCUGUCCCAAAGGUUUCUACUGUGUGGAGGCCAGUACUUACCCUGAACCCUGCCCAUCUGGCACUUACGGCUUUGCCGUCCAGUAUGAUGAGCUAAGUGACUGCAUAAGCUGCCCCGGUGGCCACUACUGUCCCUACCAGAACAUGACCACCGAUGGGCUCAGCUGUGAUGCCGGUUUCUACUGCUCUGGGGGCUCUUCCGAGGCUGCUCCUUUGGGCCAGGCUUAUGGAGACGAAUGCCCUACAGGCUACUACUGCCCAUCAGGGUCCUCCGCCCCUCUCCCCUGUGUGGCCGGCAAGUACACAAACAGAACCCGUAGCUUCACUUGCCUGGACUGCCCAGAUGGUCACUACUGCCCACAAAACACCAGCGACCCUAUCCCGUGCCCUGAGGGAUACUACUGUGGGCCUGACACUGCCAUCGCCACCGCCAACCCUUGCCCUGUGGGGACAUACAAUAAUGAGACAGGGAUGAACGAAGUCUCCGACUGCAUUGCUUGUUUGUCUGGGUUCUACUGUGGUUCUCAAGGCAUCGCUUUCCCCGUUGACCUAUGUGGAGCGGGCUGGUACUGCACAGGGGGCGCAGUCUCCGCACAGCCUAGUGACCCGGCCCAGGGUGGUCAGUGUGAAGCAGGAAACUUCUGUCCUGAGGGCAGCUCUGCCAUGGUCCCCUGUACACCCGGGACGUACUGCCAGGAUGCUGAGCUGUCUGCACCAACUGGCAACUGCAGUGCUGGUUACUACUGCCUUGCUGGCUCACCGACUGCUACCCCCGUGGGACAGGCUUAUGGUUCUGAGUGUCCAGCUGGUCACUACUGUCCUGAAGGCAGUUCAGCCGGGAUACAGUGUCCACCCUCAACAUAUCUGGACACCACAGGCGCACAGACGGAGGCCGAGUGUCACACGUGUACACAGGGCUCCUACUGCGCUGGUAACGGCAACACAGCUGUGUCAGGGCCGUGUGACGCUGGCUAUUACUGCCCCAGUGGCAUGAACAUGUCCAGCCCUGCCGAGUACACUUGCCCUCAAGGACAUGAAUGUCCGAGUGGCAGCCACUCUCCCGUUCGUUGUGCCGGAGGCUCAUACCAGGAUGAGACGGGUCAAGGGUCAUGUAAGACUUGCCCAGCAGGCUUCUACUGCGACAGCACUUUGGACCCAGUAGUCCUGUACAAUGGCACAGUCUGCCCUGUUGGCCAUUACUGCCCCAGUGGCACCAGCUACGCCACCCAGUUCAGAUGUCUUGCUGGUUCCUACAGCAACAACACAGGACUGCAGGCUGCUGCCCACUGUACCCUGUGCCCAGGUGGCUACUACUGUCCAGCAGAGGGUCAGACAGACUACAACGACGUCUGCCAAGCUGGAUUCUACUGCCGGCAGGGUGCUGCCUCUGCCUCUCCAGCCCAAGGGUAUGAUGCCGAUGAGUGUCCCAGGGGUCACUUCUGUCCGACACAAACAACUGAACCCCAGAAAUGUCCUCAGGGGACUUUCUCUAAUGACACCAGACUCACUGACCAAUCUCAGUGCAUGAACUGUACUGCUGGCUUCUAUUGUGCGGAGACCAACCUGACAGAGCCCACUGGUCCAUGCAGUGCUGGCUACUACUGCCCUGAGGGCUCCGUGGUUGCCACACAAGUGGACUGUCCUCCGGGCUACUACUGCAAUGAGAGCAGUGCUGUGCCCACAGCUUGUCUCAAAGGCACCUACUCCAACCAGAGCAAUGCCCUUUCAGUGUCCGAGUGUGACCUGUGUCCAGGUGGCUACUACUGUGAGACGGACGGCUUGACCACACCCACAGGGGAGUGUGAACCAGGUUACUUCUGCCCUGAAGGCUCUGUGUAUAAAGAUGCAGUUGGAAACGAGUGCCCAACUGGUCAUUUCUGUCCUGGAGGCAAUGCUGCAGCUCUGCCUUGUCGGAAUAACAGUCACGUCAACCACACUCACGCCACUGCCUGCUAUGACUGCCCAGCCGGCUACUACUGCGAACUGGCCGGUCAGUCCAUCAUCUGUCCUGCGGGCUACUACUGUCCGGCGGGUACUGGCCUUGACUGGCAGGCGUGUCCUCGUGGCACAUACAGCGACGUCCCUGGUCUGUAUGAGGAGUCGCAGUGCAAACCGUGCUCGGCCGGAAAAUACUGCGAUGCGGAACAUCUCACUGCUGUGUCUGGAGACUGUGCGGCAGGCCACUGGUGUCUGUCCGGUAUUGAUCGUGCGUAUCCUGGGGGAGACAACCAGACCUCUCCUUUGAACAACACCUGUUAUGAUGAUAGGAUGGUGGGAACUGGUGGCGUUUGCCCUGUCGGCCAUUACUGCCCAGGGGGUGUGGCCAGUUACUUGCCUGUCCCAUGCGACAAUGGGACCUAUGCUGAUGUUGAAGGACUUUCGGCUUGCAAGACUUGUCAACCAGGCUACUAUUGCCCAGUGAGUACGGCCAACUACACCGACUUCCCAUGCCCAGCUGGUCACUACUGUCCAGCAGCCACUCAGUGGUGGAAUGACUACCCUUGUCCAGCUGGAACCUUCAGCAACAUUACACUGUUGACAACUGACGCUGACUGUUUGGCUUGCACUGGUGGUUCCUACUGUGGUCAGUCUGGCCUGACAGAACCGUCCGGUCUAUGCGAUGCAGGCUUCUAUUGCAGCGGGAGCUCCAGUGACCCGCGACCUAGUGGUGUUGGAGGUAGUGAAUGCUCCCCAGGCUACUACUGUCCUCAGGGAGUUGCUGCUCCUAUUGAAUGCGAACCUGGCAAGUACUGUGCCAACAGCCGUCUUAACGACACCUCCGGGGAUUGCCAGGCAGGCUAUUACUGUCACAGGAUGGCUGUGGUGGCCAACCCCACAGAUGGGAAUGUCACAGGUGACAUCUGUCCUACCGGAGCCUACUGCCCCAUUUCGUCAUCAGCUCCGACCCCGUGCCCAGCUGGGACUUACGUGAACGCCACUGGCAGCUCUGACCCAAGCCACUGCCUCGACUGUACUGCUGGCAUGUACUGUGACGGUUCCGGAAACUCUGUUCCCGACGGACCAUGCCUGGAGGGCUAUUAUUGCCCUGGAGGUCAAAGUUCACCUAACUCCCCAGACCUGAAUUGUACGCUCGGUCACUACUGUCCCGAGGCGGCGUCGGCCCCCAUCCGUUGCCCCUCGGGGUCAUACCAGGAUGAGACCGGUCAGGCCCUGUGCAAGUCGUGUCCAGCUGGCUAUUUCUGCGACAAUACCAUGCAGCCAGUAGUGCUCUUCAAUGAUUCUUAUUGUCCUCAGGGAUUCUAUUGUCCUGAGAACACCACCAUGGCCAACGAGUUCCCCUGCCCACCAGGAACAUUCAACAACCUCACACACCAAACAGCAUUAUCUGACUGUCAGUCUUGCACUGGAGGUUCUUUCUGUGAUCAAGACGGUCUAGCACUGCCAAGUGGCCUGUGUUCUGCGGGCUACUACUGCACUCAGGGUGCCAACAGCAGCACACCAGCACAGUGGCCUGAUGCUGACGUGUGUCCCGUGGGCUUCUACUGUCCGGAAGGAUCCGCUUCACCAGUUUCUUGUCCACUAGGUACAUACAACCCAUCUGUUGGGAGGAGAAAUGAGAGUGAGUGUACAGACUGCUCUGGCGGCCGCUACUGCCCUUACUACAACAUGUCUCAGCCUGGGCCCCAGUGCCAGGCCGGCUACUACUGCCCUUCCAAAGCACACGUUUCCAACUUCCUCCUCUGCCCUGCUGGCUCCUACUGCCCAGAGGAGAGCUCAGGCCCAACCAAUUGCCCUGUGGGUACCUUUUCGAACAUGACAGGGCUUGGGAAUGAGUCAGAAUGCACCAACUGCACAGGGGGAUUCUAUUGCCCGAAUCCAGGCAUGACAGCCUUCUCAGACCUGUGCUGGGGUGGCUACUACUGUCCUAGUGGUUUGGAUGUGCCGAACCCAUCUGAGUAUGUGUGUCCCAUGGGGAUGCAGUGUCCUAAUGGAAGUCAGAUCUACAUGGAAUGUCCAGAAGGCACCUAUACCAGCACCAGUGGUCAGUCUUCAUGCACCUCCUGUCCGGCUGGCUUCUUCUGUCUGCCAGUCCAGCCAAGCAACGCCUCCCUCAACACACAGUCUUGUCCAACUGGCUACUUCUGUCCUCAAGGCACGGGUCAGGACUGGCAGUCAUGCCCUAGUGGUACCUUCAGUAACACGACAGGCCUGUACCAAGAGUCCCAGUGCACGCCCUGCUCUGCUGGCUACUACUGUCAGGGAGAGCAUCUCACCGCUGAGACCGGACUCUGUCAUCAAGGCUUUUAUUGCACCUCUGGCGUGGACCGACCUCAGCCCGGUGCCCCGAACGACACGCUUGCCUCCAACUGCUCCUGUCCGGGAACCACUUACUUCACGGGGGUCGGUGGUAUUUGUCCGACCGGUCACUAUUGUCCCACUGGCUCUGACCACCCCCUGGUUUGUAGCCCUGGAAGUUACAGUGAUGAGGAGGGUCUGAGCUUGUGCAAGCUGUGUCCAGAGGGCUAUUUCUGCUUGGCGAAUGCGACAGAGUUCACAAGUGCCCCUUGUCCCACUGGUCACUACUGUCCUAACGGCACGCAGUACAGCACCCAGUACCGCUGUGCACCAGGCACGUACAACCCCAGCACUCUUGGGACGGCAUCCGAUGACUGCCUGGACUGCCCUGCAGGACAGUAUUGUGCUGGAUAUGCCAACGUGGUGCCUACAGGGAACUGCAGUGAGGGUUGGUAUUGCACUGGUGGAGCGGACAGCCCUAACACCACCACACAUGGGGGACGUUGUCAACCUGGGUACUACUGCCCAGAGGGCUCCUCCGACCCGGUGCCGUGCCCUGGAGGUCAGUACUGUCUGACAGAGGGCCUGGCAUUGCCCACAGACAACUGCUCUGCGGGCUACUACUGUGCCCUGAGAGCUGUAACACAGACGCCCACUGAUGGCAGCACGGGUGACCGCUGUCCAGCAGGACAUUAUUGUGAGAGUGGAGUUGCCUCCCCUGUGCCCUGCAGCCCCGGCACUUACAGUCCCAGUGAUGGAAACACUCAGGCAUCAGACUGUCUGGCCUGCACUUUCGGAGAAUACUGUGCUGACUACAACCUGACUACUACCUCUGGCAACUGCACACGAGGCUACUACUGUCCGACCGGGGAUGUCACUGCCACAUCUGUCCAAUGUCCAGUCGGUCACUACUGCCCUGAGGGUUCCUCCACCCCAAUACUGUGCCCCAGCGGCUGGUAUCAGGAUCAGGUAGAGCAGUGGGAGUGUAAAAUGUGUCCGUCUGGAUACUUCUGUGACAGUUCCACGGGUGUUGUAGUCAUCAACAACACCAUCGCAUGCCCGGAGGGCUAUUAUUGCCCCGAAGGUACCCAACACCAGAGCCAGUACCCAUGCCCCCUUGGAACCUUCAGCAACCAGACAGCUCUCAACAGCAGCUCAGAAUGCUCUCCCUGCUCUGCUGGUCAGUAUUGUGGUCAGAUGGGUCUCACCUCGCCCAGUGGUCCAUGCAGCAAGGGCUACUUCUGCAAGAGAUAUGCUGAGAUGUUCACCCCGAAUCAAACAGCAGAUGCCGACAUUUGUCCUCAAGGUUCCUACUGCCCUGAAGGGUCAGCUGACUGGACCCUGUGUCCAGCUGGCACGUUUGGCUCCACCACUGGACUGGGUAAUGUGACUGAGUGUACGCUGUGCACACCUGGAUUCUACUGCCAGACUCCUGGCUUGACCACCACAGAAGGCCUUUGUGCUAUCCAGUACUUCUGUGUUGAGGGAUCCUCUUCCAGCACUAGUGAAAUUUGUCCCAAUGGUCGGUAUUGUCCAGUGGGUACAGCUGUGCCUGAACUUUGCCCUGAGGGAACAUUCAGUCCGUACACGGGGCUGGGUGCCUCCUCAGAGUGCACAGACUGUACCCCCGGCGAGUACUGUGAUACCCAGGGUUUGAACGCCACCACAGGUCCUUGUGACCCCGGCUACUACUGCCCAGGUGGACAGAACUCUUCCAGACCGGCGGAGUACCCAUGCACUGUGGGGCAUUACUGCCCCCUGAACUCAUCUCAGCCUGUACCUUGUGGUAACGGUACCUACAUGAACCACACCAUGGCUUCUGAGUGUUAUGUCUGCCCAGAUGGCUGGUAUUGUCUGGGCGGUGACAUCAUAGCAGAGUGUCCGUCUGGUCACUACUGUCCAGCUGGCACUGGACAAGACUGGACAAUGUGUCCCCGCGGUACCUUCAACAACCAGACUGGACUGAGCUUGGUGGAUCAGUGCAUGCCGUGUAGCGGGGGAUACUAUUGUGGCAGUGAAGGGCUGUCAUCUCCCAGUGGUCAGUGUGAUGCCGGCUUCUACUGUCAGUAUGGACUGGACAGGGCUCAGCCUUCUGGCCAAAAUGCCACACUGGUCAAUGGGACUUGUCAGAUGCCAGGUGGAGAGACAGGAGUGGGUGACAUUUGUCCAGUUGGUCACUACUGUCCCCUGGGCAGUGUCCAGCCCAUCCCAUGUGGAGCUGGCAGUUUUGCCAACGUGACGGGAAUGUCGGUGUGCUCAAACUGUCCGGCUGGCUUCUACUGCCUGGAUGGAGUGGAUACAUACCUGGAUGCCCCUUGCCCUAGCGGUUACUACUGCCCAGCGGGCACCUCCAGCCCCUACCAGUUCCCAUGCCCCGCCCAGACCUUCUACAACCUGACCCAGGCCAGGGACGUGGCUGACUGCUUGCCAUGUCCUGGAGGAGAGUACUGUGCAACAGAUGGGCUCAGUGCCCCCACAGGGCUGUGUUCUGCAGGAUGGUACUGUGUGUCCAAUUCCUCGUCUGCCACACCUACCUCUCCGGAGGGUGGCCAGUGCAUGGCUGGCUACUACUGCCCCAUUGGCUCAAGUGGAGCAACUACUUGUGACCCUGGCACUUACUGCGAGACAGCUGGACUCAGCGCACCAACUGGGAAUUGUUCUGCGGGCUAUUACUGCACUCUGCAAGCCAACACUUCCACUCCUUCAGAUGGAGUCACUGGAGACAUCUGCCCUGUUGGUCACUACUGCCCUGAGGGAGCCAAUGUCCAGAUGCCAUGUGAGCCAGGGUACUAUCUGGACGUCCAGCAACAAGUGGCAGAGUCUGACUGCAAACUUUGCAGCCCUGGUCAGUACUGCCCGUCUUCAGGUGCUGAGCUUCCCCAAGGCAACUGCUCAGCUGGUUACUACUGUCCUGGUGGUCAGAACACAUCAACUCCUCAUGAGUAUAACUGCCCGGUGGGUCACUACUGUGUGGAGGGCACAGACACCCCGGCCAGAUGCUCCAACGGUACACACCAGCCCCUGGAGACCCAGUCCAGCUGUGUCCAGUGUCCAGCCGGCUAUGUUUGCGACAACACUAUGUCCAUUGUUGUCCUGGACAAUUCCACCACAGUCUGCCCCAUGGGAAGCUACUGUCCAGCAGGCACUCGGUUCAGUAAUGAGUUCCUGUGUCCAGUCGGCACCUUCAGUAACAUCACUGGCCUCCAGACAGAACUGGAUUGCAGCCCUUGUUUGGGUGGCUACUACUGCCCCACUCCGGGUAUGGUGACCCCCAUUGACCUCUGCAACGCUGGAUACUUCUGCCUUCAAUAUGCCAACAUUUCUGCACCUGAUCAAGGCUCUGACGCCAACAUUUGCCCGGUGGGUCACUACUGUCCAGUGGGGACUGCCUCUCCUGUACAAUGUCCGAAGGGUACGUUUAAUAAUGGCACAGGGCUGGAGGCUGAGGCAGACUGCAUUCUCUGCACCCCAGGUUCCUUCUGUCAGGCAACGGGACUCGUGGAUGUCAGCGGUCUGUGUGAUGCUGGCUACUACUGUGAACUAGGCUCGAACACCUCCCAAGCAGCUGUUUGUCCAGUGGGUCACUACUGUCCAGAGGGCUCCUCCGCCCCCACCCCAUGCCCUGCUGGAACCUACACCAACACACAGGGGCUGGAGAAUGUGACCCAGUGCACUGACUGUGAUCCAGGAAAAUACUGUAAUGACUCGGGUCUCUCCAGCCCUGUGGGUGACUGCGACCCAGGUUUCUACUGCCCGGGACAGGACUCUGUCCCUAACCCCGUCAGCACCCCUUGUCCCAUUGGCCUGCACUGCCCCGCCGGAAGUGGUCAGCCUGUGCCAUGCCCUGCUGGCUCCUACGCCAACUUCAGCCAAGCUGACUCCUGCCUCAUCUGUCCAGAGGGAUAUUACUGUGUGCCUGAGGAGGUUGUCCAAGGAAACUCCAGUUCUGGUCACCGUCUGUGUCCCGAGGGUUUCUUUUGUGGAUCUGGCACAGGCCUCAACUGGACUGCAUGUCCUGUUGGGACAUUCAGCAACAUUCUAGGCCUACAGGAAGAGUCAGAGUGCCAGCAGUGUCUGGGUGGUCAGUACUGUGACCGCACAAACCUCACUGCUCCAGCUGGAAACUGCGACCCAGGCUACUAUUGCACUCUGGGAGUUGAUGUGGCGAGCCCUGCAGGAAACCACACAGGAGACGGUGGCAUCUGCCCGCCGGGAUACAAAUGUCCUGGUGGGACGGUCAUGCCUGAAGGGUGUGAUGCUGGCACUUACCAAGAUCAAAGUGGUCAGGCUAUGUGUGAGGUGUGUCCAGCUGGCUACUACUGUGUGGCCAAUAGCACCACAUACACAGACAAGAUCUGUCCUAGUGGACACUACUGCCCAACUGGAACCCAGAGCGAUAUCGAGAACCCUUGUCCAUCUGGAACCUUCAACAACAACACAGGUCAGCAUAACAACAGCGGAUGUGAACCCUGCACCCCUGGUCAGUACUGUGGCUCCACAGGGAUGAGCUCACCAACAGGAGACUGUGACCCUGGAUGGUACUGCACCUUGGGCUCCAGCUUGCCCACACCUGUUUGGCCAGAAGGUGGAAAGUGUCUUGCAGGCACAUUCUGCCCACAAGGAUCUGGGGCUCCCAUUGGCUGCACGGUGGGUCAGUACUGUGACACUGACAUGAUGUCAGCACCAGCAGGAGACUGCCUGGCCGGCUACUACUGCGACGGCAACUCCACCACGGACAGACCCUCAGGCUCUGGUGGUGACAAGUGUCCCAGCGGUCACUACUGUAUUGUUGGCUCUUCGUCCCCCGCACCUUGUGACCCCGGCUACUACCAGCCCAGCCAAGGGGCUCAGAAUGUGACAUGGUGUAUUUUGUGUACUGCUGGAAUGUUCUGUAACCAGAGUGGCCUGUCUGCACCGGAUGGGGAUUGUGAUGAGGGUUACUAUUGUCCCGAGGGGCAGACAGUUCGCAACCCUAGUCCAUACGAGUGUCAACCUGGAUAUUAUUGCAUCCAGGGCUCCAGCAUUCAGACCUUGUGUGCCAGUGGUCAGUACCAAGACCUUGCCGGUCAAGGAUCUUGUAAGAGUUGUCCAGCUGGCUUCUACUGUGAUAACUCGUUCGGACCCAUCACAACACCAGCAUCAUAUGUCUGCCCUGAAGGUCACUAUUGCCCCAGUGGGACUCGUCACGACAGUGAGUUCCCAUGUCCUGCUGGAACCUUCAAUAACAUCACAGGACUGGAGUCCUCAGCUGACUGCUUCUCAUGUUUAGGUGGGCUCUACUGUCCUGGUGGGACGACAUAUCCCAGUGUUCCUUGCAGCGCUGGCUACUUCUGCCGAUCGGGAGCUAUGACAGCAGCACCCUCUCAGGGUGUGGACGCAGCCAUCUGUCCUAUGGGCUACUACUGUCCCGAGAUGACCACUGAGCCUGUAGCGUGUCCAGUGGGAACUUUCUCCAAUCUGACCGGCCUGAUGAACACAACAGACUGUACAUCAUGUACCAAAGGCUAUUACUGUGAUGGUUUGGCUCUCACUGAACCAGCUGGUCUGUGCAGUCCAGGCUUCUAUUGUGUUGAGGGCUCGUCCACUUCCUCCCCUGACAUCUGCCCGGCUGGACGCUACUGCCCAGAGGGCACCCACACCCCACAGAGGUGUCCCUCGGGAACGUUCUCCAACGCCACCCGUCUGAUAGCCGUGGAGAACUGCACCGACUGUACUGCAGGCUACUACUGUCAGAACACAGGACUCACUGAAGAGCAAGGGCUGUGUCUGCAAGGCUACUACUGCCCUACAGGCUCUACUGUGCAGACCCAGGUGAUCUGCCCCAUCGGUCUUCAGUGUCCAACUGGCUCUGAUGAGCCGAGGUCAUGUGCACCUGGCUACUUCACCAACAGAACGGGCAUGUGGGAUUGCGACAUCUGUCCUGACAGCUUUUACUGUGUACCAACGAAUGUGACAGCAGGGAACCCCACCUCUGGCUAUUUCGACUGUCCAGCUGGAUACUAUUGUCCCAAUGGCACUGGGCUGGACUGGCAGGCAUGUCCAAAAGGCACCUAUAGCCAACAGACCAAUCUGUACAAGGUGACCCAGUGCUCAGACUGUGACGGAGGUUCCUACUGCUCUGUAGAGGGAGCCACCAACACCACAGGUCUGUGUGCUGAGGGCUAUUACUGCCAGUCAGGGGUGGACAGACCUAACCCAGACAAUGCUGCCACCAACAGCUCUUACCCUGCGUCCUGUCCGCUCAUCGGAGGCCACACAGGUUUUGGUGACGUCUGUCCUCGAGGCUACCACUGUCCGGAGGGGAGUGAGCUUCCUCAGGGCUGUGCUCCUGGCACAUACCAAGAUGAGGAAGGCCAGGGCAGCUGCAAGCAGUGUCCGGCUGGUUAUUACUGUCCAGCCAACUCGACAGACUACUCUGACAAACCUUGCCCUAGUGGUCACUACUGCCCAGCCGGCACUGAAUACUCCAACCAGAACCCUUGUAGUACUGGAACUUUCAACCCAGCUGGCUCACAGACAAACGUGUCAGCGUGUCUUCUGUGCACGGCCGGGCAGUACUGUCAGAGCACAGGCCUAUCCAGCCCCACAAAUAACUGCAGUGCUGGAUGGUACUGCUUCGAGGGUUCCACCGAUGCUAUGCCAACUGACCCCACCAUGGGUGGUAGAUGUAGCCAUGGCCAGUACUGUCCUCUGGGCAGUGUGAACUACACACUGUGUGAUGGGGGCACGUACUGCUCAUCAUCCAGCCUUGCUGAGCCUUCUGGAAAUUGCAGCCAAGGUUACUACUGUGUUCUGGGAGCCAUCCUCCCUACUCCUGUGGUGACUGACAGCACUGGUGGUCAGUGUCCAAAAGGCUACUACUGUCCAGAAGGAAGCACCUACGGCCUGCCCUGCCCCAUUGGGUACUACCUGGACACCGUCAGGAACUCGGCACCUUCUGCCUGCAAGCAGUGCACACCAGGCAAAUACUGUGAUGCAGAAGGCCUCGAGACCCCCAGUGGUGACUGUGAUCCCGGCUACUACUGUCCAGCAAUGUCCACCUCUGCCACUCCGGCCAACACAACUUGCCCAGAAGGUUACUUUUGUGUGGGCGCCCUUGAGGCACCUGAGCCUUGUCCUUCGGGAUACUAUCAGCAACUUCCUGGCUCGUCCGCCUGUAAUCUAUGUCCAGCUGGCUUCUAUUGCAAUGCUACGUUUGGCCCUGUGGUCUCUUACGAUCUCUAUGUCUGUCCUGAAGGCUACUACUGCCCCAACGGUACUGAGCAUGCAGAACAGUAUCCCUGCCCUGUGACAACUUUCAAUAACAGAACGGGUCUGGCGACAUCUCUUGAGUGCACGGACUGUGUUGGGGGAAUGGCUUGUGAUCAAGCUGGCCUGACAUACCCACUGAGGCCAUGUGCUGCUGGCUACUUUUGCCGCAGUGCAGCCGGAACCACUACGCCAAAUCAAGGCGUUAAUGCGGAUGAGUGCCCAGCUGGCUCCUAUUGCCCUGAGGGUUCCGCCGAGCCCAUCCCGUGUCCUCAGGGGACUUAUAGCCCGACGUUUGGACUCACACAGGAGGGAGAGUGUCUUAACUGCACUGCUGGGUUCUAUUGCAAUGAGACAGGUUUGACAGCCGUAGUUGGAGCAUGUGACCCCGGCUUCUACUGUCCCUCAGGGUCCAUUCAGUCGACCGAAGUGGUGUGCCCUGAUGGCUCCUACUGUGAGCUGCAGUCUGCCACGCCCACAGGCUGCCCGAACGGAACAUUCUCCAACCAGACGGGGCUGUCCACCGCUGCUCAGUGUACGUCAUGCAUGCCUGGCUACUACUGCAAUGGCCUGGGUCUUAUCGAGGUCAGCGGGCCGUGCAGAGAAGGUUACUACUGUCCCAGUGGGUCCAGUGUGGACACACAGGUCAUUUGUCCAUCAGCCAAACACUGCCCACAAGGCAGCUCAGAGCCGCAAGAUUGUCCAGCAGGUUUUUUUGCGGAUUCCGACGGACAAGCUUCCUGUGAUAUCUGCCCUGAAGGCUAUUACUGCAUUCCAAGUCUGACCAUAGCUGGAGAUUCGUCCUCUGCUAAACAUGCCUGUCCUGAAGGAUUUUUCUGUCCCAACGGGACGGGUCAUGACUGGCAGUCUUGUCCACACGGUACUUUCAGCGCAACCACUGGACUUGUGUCUGCGUAUGAGUGCUCACCUUGCCUGGGUGGCCAGUACUGUCAAGGUGUGAAUCUGACGUCACCCACUGGCCCAUGUGACGCUGGCUUCUACUGCGUCUCUGGCGUAGACAAAGCCGACCCAGUCAUGCUCAACGAUACCCAGUGUCCAGACUCUACCGUCCACCCUAUCAUUGGUCACAUCUGUCCCCUCGGACACUACUGCCCAGAUGGCACAGUUUACCCCAUCGGCUGCCCGGCUGGCUCCUAUCAAAAUAUGACCCAACAGGACAGCUGUCUGGGCUGCCCAUCGGGCUACUACUGUCCAGCAAACACCACAGAGCCCUCUGUGAACCAGUGUCCUACAGGGUACUACUGUGAGGAUAACACAACCCACAUGUAUGAGUUCCCCUGUCCUGCGGGAACCUUCAACUCACUGACCCAACAGAAGGCUUUGAGUAACUGUGUCGCCUGCACACCUGGCAUGUACUGCCAGGGCAGUGGUAACUCAGUCCCAACUGGCAACUGCUCCGCGGGAUGGUACUGUGUGAAUGGCUCCUCUCAGGCACAGCCAACGUCUAACGGUGGAGAGUGUCAGCCUGGCUAUUUCUGCCCAGAGGGUUCAGCGGCCAUGGAGGAGUGCACACCAGGCAGUUACUGUCAGACGGCAGGACUGGACACUCCGACCAACCUGUGCAAUGCUGGCUACUACUGCCCGUUAGGGUCAAGUUCACCCACCCAGGUGGUCUGCCCUGUUGGCCACUACUGCAUACAGGGCAGCGAUGUACCAGAGCCUUGCCGUAAUGGGACGUACGCCCCAACUACUAACCUGGCCUCAGAGGGAGAAUGUACGCCGUGCGACGGAGGCUUCUACUGCAAUGGCACAGGGCUAAAUGCUGUCUCUGGACCAUGUGACCAAGGCUAUUACUGUCCAGCUGGCCAAUCAGUUCCCAACCCGUACGACUACCUGUGUCCUGCUGGUCACUACUGUCUGGCCAACAGCGCCACGCCCACUCGCUGUGCCUCUGGGGAGUACCAGAAUGAACUGGGUCAGUGGACGUGCAAGGAUUGCCCUCAAGGCUAUUACUGUGACAACAGCUUGACUGCAGUGGGCAACCUGUCAGACUACGCCUGCCCUGGAGGCUACUACUGUCCUCCUAAGACUGAGUACUACAACCAGUACGCUUGUCCUUCCGGCACCUUCAACAACAUGACUCAUCGCAUUGAUGUGUCGGACUGUCAAAUGUGUUUGCCAGGAUUUUACUGCCAGAGCACUGGGCUGUCUGAACCAGAAGGCCCAUGCUACCCUGGUUACUACUGCAUUGGCAACAACACCAGCCCUAUCCCAAGUGAGACCAUCUGCCCAGUGGGCAACUACUGCCCGGAGGGAAGCUACCAGCCCACGCCCUGUCCUCAAGGCACCCUGGCCUCAAGUACCGGCAAUGACAACGCUACUGACUGUGAGGCCUGUAACCCAGGACGCUACUGCACACCUAACAGCUCCAUGAAUGGCGUCAGUCUGCCUUGUGACGCCGGCUACAUCUGUCUGACUGGGUCCAGCCUGGCCAACCCAACGGACAACGUGAUGGGAUACAUCUGUCCCGCUGGUCACUACUGUCUGACCGGUGCUGUGGUGGAGACGCCAUGUGACAAGGGGACAUACGGACCAUCCACAGGGCUUGCUGGCUGUCUGUUAUGCCCAGAGGGCCAGACAUGUCCAUCCCAGGGAAUGAACGAAUCGUUACCCUGCCCAGCCGGCUACUACUGUGAGAGUGGCACUGACAAUGAUGGCACACCUUGUCCUAUAGGUUCUUACAACCCCCACACUGGCCUCAGUUACUCUUGGCAGUGUCUGUCAUGCCCGCCUGGCGAGUUCUGUAAUGUGACGGGUCUCUCUUCACCGGGUGGAUUCUGCCAGGCUGGCUUCCUGUGUGUGGCCAACGCCACAUCAGCUGCUCCCGAUGAUGGCCUCAAUGGUCCUUGCCCUGCUGGUUACUACUGUGAAGAAGGUACUCUGUCAGCAACACCAUGCCCAAGAGGAACUAUGCGCAAUGCCACUGGUGCUGGUGCAGAGGCAGACUGUUGGCCCUGCGACCCGGGCCACUACUGUGACAAUGUGGCUCUUCUGGAGCCGGCUGGUGUGUGCCAGGAGAGAUACUAUUGCCCAGACGCAGCCAAGAUUGAGACAUCUGCCCCGUCGACCUAUCCAUGCCCUGCAGGAUUCUACUGUCCCCAGAUGACAGGAGUCCCAAUCGGAUGUCCCCCUGGUACCUAUCAACCCAAUGUGGGUGAGCUAGACUGCUUGGAGUGUCCCACGGGCUUCUACUGCGUCCAGAACACCAGCAUGCCUGAACUGUGUCCACCUUACUCCUACUGCCCUAAUGGCACCUCAGACCCCAUCCUGUGCCCCAACGGCACCUACACUGAUGCUCUCACCACAGGCUUGGAGGACGCUGCUGAUUGCUUCAGCUGUAUCGCAGGCAAAUACUGUGUCGGGGGCCAGAUCGCUGGAGACUGCGCAGCGGGCUACCUCUGCAAGUACGGCAAUGAUGUACCCAACCCAGGCAACAGUACUGGGGAUAAUGGCUUGUGUCCAUACGGCUACUACUGCCCAGCAGGCAUAACAACCCCACAGGUGUGCCCAGCGUUGUCAUUCAUCGACAAGGUUGGAGCUGGAGACAUUAGUGAGUGCCAGCCAUGUCCUGGAGGUCGCAUCUGCCCUCAAAACUCGACCAUCUCUAUUCCUUGUUAUCCAGGAUACUACUGCGAAGUGUCGCAGCCCACGCAGCCCUGUCCAAUCAAAACAUACAAUGAGCUGGAGGGAGCCGAUGAUGAGAGUUGGUGUCUGCCGUGCCCCGCUGGCUACAUCUGUGACCAGGAGGGCACCUCAAACUACACCAUGCAGCCUUGCCCACCGGGCUCGUAUUGCAUCAACGCCACAGACGUCUCCACACCUUGUCCCAUGGGAACUUACCGAGGAGAGGUGGGUGCUGCCUCUCUGUCAGACUGUGACCUUUGCCCUGCCGGCUUCUACUGUCCUAACAUCAACAUGACGUACCCGGGCAUCCAGUGCGACCAGGGCAUGGCAUGUCCAGCUGGCUCACAGAACCAGACAAUUUGCAGUGCAGGCUACUACUGUAACAUGUCCAUGGGUCAGACCCCAUGCCCGCCUGGCUACUACUGCCCCGAAGCCUCCAGCUUCCCCAUUCUGUGUCCAGUGGGUCACUACUGUGGAGCUGUGGAUGACUGCAACUGUAACUCCACUGAUGCAGGUGCCAUAGAGCCCAGGCAAUGUCCUCUCGGCUACAAAGAGUACGAUGGGUCUCUGCGCAGAACGUUUGAGGAGACAUGUGAACCUUGCUCACCAGGCUACUACGGUGCUCACCCUAACAGGACAGAGUGCACGCCGUGUCGAGCUGGAGUGGUGUGCAAGAUCGGAGCAACCACAGACACACCAGUGUCCAACAGCAGCUCUGUGGCUGCCUUCCUCGGUUUUGAGACGACCAACUCCUAUCUCUGUCCUCCAGGCUACUACUGCCCUGAGGCUAGCUUCGAGCCAACGCCGUGUCCAGCAGGCACGUACCGUGAGCUGGAGGAAGGCAUGAGUGCCAGCAACUGCACUCCAUGCCCAGUCAACACACAUAACCCGCACGUUGCUCAGGUGGGAUGCUUCAUGUGUGGAGGGGAAGCCUCACAGCCUUCCACUGGCUCCAUCACUUGCAUCUGUAAUGGUGCUGGAAGGGACUACCAGUUCAGUGACAGAACCUGCCCGUGCAAAGCUGGCUACAUUCAAGUAGACUCCAGUGAGAGCGACGACUGCUCCAAGCAAGUGUUCCCACGCUGUGGAGAGGGUACCUGGCGCACACAGGACGGUCGCUGCUUCGAUGACGCCCAGUGGGAGACACAUUGCAGAGAGGAGGUGUGUGAGGAGUAUGUUGGCUAUGACCGAGACCUGGGCCUGUGCCAGUGUAAGACAGAUGACCUGGAAACGAUCUGUGACCUGGAGUGCCGCACAGUGCAGAAAUGGAUGUUGACCUUGACCUGUGCAGCACAGCCCUUGGUGCCAUACAUCACUGUCAGGGAUUCUAGCAAUACCUCAGUGGUUACCAUUCCUGCGGCCAACCUGCUGUCUGUGAUUAAUGCGAGGAACGCCAUCUCAGAGGACCAGUGUGCUUCCCGCGACGACUCGGUGACCUACCUGCGUCUUGUGGAGAUGAGUGCUAGUGGUUUCCUGGGUGUCUACAAUCCUGACACAACACAGGUGGUUUCUAUGCUAGAAUCAAAUACCAAAGGCAACUACACCGGCAACAUCACCACGGACAGUUACAUCAUUAACAGCUACACCUACAGCCGUCGUAGACUGCUGGCCACGUCCAACGUGACAGGCUCCCUCUUCUCUGGCAUCCAGAACCCAACCACGUGCCUGGAGUAUGGCGAGAUCAUGCUGUUUAGCGUCAGCAACACCCACUACCCCAUCUACGACGUGAAUAAUCUCUACAACACCAACUCCAACUUUGACUAUGGAGGUUUCCGAGCUCUGAUCGAAGCUCAAGCCCAGACGGCGACGUCUACAACGCUGUUUGCUUACAAGUUCACAGAUCCUGGCGUCUAUUCCUUCUACCUCAGCACUGACAUCAACAAGAAGAUGUACAUCAGUGUGAUGCAACAGAAUGUGCAGUGUACCACGUCGGGCCCCUUCUACCCGACCACCCCAACCAAUGUGGUGCAGAACGGCAUCUCCGUGGACGACGGCAUCCUCAAGGAGCCCGACUGGCUCAUCAUCUUCAUCCUGCUGGCUGCAGCACUCAUGGCCACGAUGAUCAUGUUGGUCAUUUUGAUCUUAUUCCGUAAAUAUGGCUGGACCAAGACCUCGUACAUGUAUCCUUUCUACCGCAUUAUGGCGAGACAUUUCAACUUUGAUGACUACGCCAGCAAGGGAUCAACUGUCUACCCAGUGCGCAAGUACCACAGGAACAUGCUUGCUCUGAGCAUUGCGGAGCCAAGUUCUGACCUCGCUGAGCAGGCAGCAAUUCUGGAUGCUGGAGCCGUUGAUGUGAAGAACGACGACUUCUGGGAUUACGACCGCCAGGUUGACCUUGAGGGUUUCAGCUCAGGCCAAGUCUACGACACGCUCUCCAAGCAGUCACGGGGGGUUACCCAGACUAUUGGCAAGCACAAAGACGAUGUGAAGCAAAUGUACCAGAGGAUUGCCAACCAGACAGAAUCUCUCAAAGGACUUUGGGCCGCCAAAAUGAACCUUAAAGGAACAUCUGCUCUGGCCACCGAUGAGGAUCUGGCCUGCUACGAGAGGAAGUUGGAGUCGCUGGAGAUUGAGCUGGAGCGCAGGAAAGACCUGGGCCGACAGUUUGAGACGGUUCUCUCUCGCCAGGAAGAACUCUUGGCUGACGACGACAAGGCUCGGGAAGAUCAUCAGGUAGCUUACCAGUCAGCCUUGAGGGAAGCUAUUCGUCUGCUGACUCAGCAUGCUGACAAGAUACAGAAGGGCGAGGCCACUUCCUCUAGUGGAGAGUUCCACCAGGCAAUGCACGAUGCCUUCGACCACCGCAUCGCCGUGCUCCUGGAGAAGAUGACGGAUGCUUCCAAGUCUGAGUGCAAGAGAUCAGGAGCCUGGGGGGUCCUGGGAGAGGGCAUUGGUGGUCAGCUGAUGAGCAGUUCUCAUGCCCCAAUGACUCGAGAUGACCUCUUCAACAAUAACAACACGAUCAAGGCAACUAACCUCAUCGUAAUGGACGACAAGACUGGUCUGGUCAAGCCUAAAUCUGGUGCGGAGAUGGUCCUGGCUGACGGAACGAGCAUGGCUGUGCCCAAGGACAGUUUUGUUCACCCGCAGACUGGCAGAGUGCUGCCCAUCCAAGGAAAUGUGGCCUUUGACCCUGUAACCUCCAGGCUUGUCUUUGUGGUAGAUUCAGCGACAGGGGAGGCAACCAGAUCUGAAGAGCCAUACAUCCCAUUCGUACCCUAUCCAACCAACCCUCACACUGGACAACGCGUGGACACUCAACUCAAGCCCAUGACCAGCAAGUCUGACUUCCGCUACGGCCUGCCCAUGUCUGACCCAGCACUAGGUCUCCACGUCCCCAUCCUGGCAAUGACUACUGGUUCGGUCAUCCCGGUAGGAGGAGUGCACACUGACCCGAUCACCGGUCUGCCUGUGCCUAUUGAGCUUGGAUCCAUGAUGGCUGAUCCUAACAGUGGACAAGCAGUGCCAAUCUUGGCUGUCACUAUUGACCCUCACACAGGCAUGGUCAUUCCUAUCGGUGGCACCAAGGACGGUCAGCACACGCACAUUCCCAUCGUCCCCGGCGACGAGUAUGUGGACCCGGCGAGCAAGAGGCUGGUGCCUAUCCACAGUGGUCAUCUUGACCAGUCUUCCACAGUGGUGCCAUGUUCCGGAAGCUUCCAGGCUCUUCUGGACUCCACCAUGCUGGCGUGUGAGGUGCGCGUCCAGGAGGCUGUGAGGGAGUACAAGGAGGCCCUCUAUGCUGCUGGUUUGCAAGGUGGCACUAUCAAUGUCCGCCAUGAGGAGGCUGCUAUGAUUGCCGCUGUCAAAGAGUUGGCCAAAACUAUGGAUAGAAUGAAAGCGCUCCGACUGCGGUCCCUGCAUGACAUUGAGCGCAGGAAACAACGGGCCUCUAUUUUGGCAUCGACUGGCGGAUCUCCAGGCAUGUACGAGUUCUCCAAGACCGGCCAACUUCUACCGAUCCUGGUGGGAACAACCAUGGAAGACCCGUCUGGCACCGGUAUGGAAGUGCCUGUACUGGGAGCCGAGCGUGAUGUGCUGACUGGCAGAGUGGUGCCUCUUGCUGGCAGCAUGGAAGAUCCCGAAGGUGGAGGCCUUGUUCCCAUCACCAUCGGGCACAGAGCCGUAGACCCUGUGACAGGAGAGCUGAGCCCGGUCAUCGGAAUCCGCCGAAGCCCAGAGACCAAGAUGGCUGUCCCAGUUACCCUGUCAUCUGGUGCCCACCGUAAGCCCCGGCCUCCGCCUGGCGCUGUGGCUAUGCUGGAAGAGGAACUGAUGGCCCGUCGCAGCUACUGGAGGAGACAGCGAGGGAAGGAGGAGGAGGUCAGCCUUAAGCAACAUCUGUUGGCUGUGGACCUCAUGUUUUAUCUGGACUCAGUCAAUAGCAGGUCAGUGCAACAGUCCCUGGAUCAGAUUGACGUACAGGUGAACCAACUUAACGAGUCGGCCAAACUGGAAGGUCAGCGACGCGGAGCGUCCGUUCAGGAAAUAUCUGCCAUCAUCCCUCCAGACGUUGUAGCUAUCCUCACAGACGGCGACAAGCCGGAGGCAGAGCGGGAGGAAGCACAUGUGUGUACGCAUGUCAGGUUCGCUGAGGUUGUGAGGAAGUUUUUCGGCAAGCUACAGCAGGAGGAGAAUAGAUACAAGGAGAGGAUGAGUGAGCUGGAGGGAGCAAUGAAUCCUGAUGCUGAGAACACUGCUCUGCAGAGAUACAGACAGGCAAAGCAAAGGCUUCAGGGAGAACUGAGAGAGCAGCUGCGGUCAAGGAUUGAGUCGUUGGACGAGCACCACGCCAGCCUGGAAUGUGCUCGAGAGUACUCCGAGUUGUCGGCUAACGAGGCCAAGGUCGUUCUCACCAGGAGCGCUCUGCUGGCCGGAGACUAUGAUGCCCAACUGUGUGGCGUGUACAGUGAUGCGGCAGAUGCUAUGGGCCAGGACUCAGAGCUGGUCCCUCUGCUUAAACAGCUGAUUGCUCUCCUGGAAGCCGGAGGUCCCUUCUACCUGUCCUCCGAGCUGCUCAACUUCAUCAACACAAACUACAUGGGAGGAAAGGGAUCAGAGAUCACCAACGUUAAUGUUUCAGGAGGUGGUGUGAGUGGCAGACAGACACAUACCUUGAAGGAUGUGGAUAAGGACAGAGACAGUAAGAAAGUAGAAGUGUCCAAUGUGCAGAGUGGCUCUCCUCGUACAACGGACUCUGGCAACUGGGCUGGAGGGGCCAUUGCGACCGCCACUGGCACUUCAGGUGUUGUUGUCAUCGGAGAUAUGUCCAAGACCAAGACUUCUGGCACACUAACGGAUGAAGAGUACAGAGAUAAAAAGAAGUACCUUUUUGAGAAGCAAGCUUAUGAGGCAGCUAAACUGGAAAAUGAUAUGCACUCUCAGGAAGUGCAGACUUUUAACGAAGCUGUUGAAGAAUUUGAGAAUAAGAAAAACAACGUGUGCAACGAGAUGACAGAUGAUUUCAGUGAGAAAUUGCGACAAGCCAAGACAGAGGAGGAGAGAGAGAAGAUCAUGGUGGACUACGCAGCCAACAUGAGCCGUCUGAAUGAUGCUCUGGAGAAACAGAAGCAGUCACAUCUGGCUCAGCUGAGAGAGAAGCUGCUGGACCGACGCCGCAAGAAGAGAAAGGAUCUGCACAACACUCACAUCGCUGAAGCUCAAGCCCAUGGUGUCCCGGCGGACGAGGUGCCAGACAUCCAGAUGCUGUCCCAUGACGACAUGGACCACCAGCUCAAACUUCUGCAACAGGAGCAGGAGAAGCUCAAUGCUGAGACAAAACUAGCAGCAAGUGACAACCUGGAGGCAGAGCUUGAUCUUGACAACAAGAAACACCUCAACGAUCUAAUCAAGUCCCUGGGUCUCAGCAAGAGUCAAGAGGAAGAGUUCCGGAAGGCUCUAGAAAGUCAGGGCACCUCUCGAGACUCUGCCCUGUCCUCUGUACUGGCAAAGCUGAGGGAGAGACAGGGUAGACAAACGGAGAGAGAGAUGAGUGAGGACGAGUUGGCUUUGUUGUCUGAGCAAGAAAGGGAGGAGGCCAGGGAGAAAAUGCUUGCUAUGACAGAGGCUGACAGGCUCUCAGAGGAUAUGGCUCUGCUGAAGGCAAUGCAGCGGAAUGAGAGGGAGCAAAGACGGCAGGCAGAAGAAGCCGCUCUUCGAGAACUCCUCAAGAACGUCAAUGCUGAGGAGAAAGAACGAAUUCUGUCCCAGUUCAGUCAACAAGAGAACCUGAUGCAGGCUCGCCUGGAAGAUGAGAAAGAGGCCACCAGGGACAAGGUCAAGGCUAAAAUUGCUGCUCGGAAGCGCAUGCGAGAACAGCUGGGCAAAGACGAAGCAGUCGGCAAAGAACUUGAUCGCAUGACCAAGACUCACGCGGCCCGUGAUGAUGCGGAGGCAGCUGAGCUGAUGACCAACAUCAGUGAGCAGCUCCACGGGGAAAAACAGGAGAAGCAGCAUCGCGCUCUGGUGGAGGAACAGAUGAAGAAACAGGAGGCCUUGGACCGGGAGUACGCUCAGCGUGAGCGCGAGGCUGUCCGUGAAUUGGAGGCGGAGCUCAGUGGACAGAAGGACCAGGUGGACAGCGAGAUCAAUCAGCAGCUCAAACUGGUGCUGGACAACCAUCAGGCCAAGUUUGACCGCGAGGUUCUCCUGCACGGCAACAAACUGUCCCAGGAGGAGUACAAGAAGCUGAUGGAGAAACACCAGCGAGAGCAGGAGGCCAUCGGCCGGAACAUGCAGGCCGAGCGGGAGAAGCAGAAGAAGGCUCUGGAUGAGAAGGUGGCGGAGCGUAAAGCCAAGAGGACCCAACAACUACGUGAGGCACAUGAGCUGGAGAUGGCGGAGGAGUUGAUCAAACAACAGCAGGAGAGGGACGGACUCAACGACAAACUGGCCCGGGAGGUGGAGGCUGCCGCCCUCAAGGACUCUCUUAAGGGCAAGGACGGCAAACAGGCUGAGAACAUGAUCUACUCCGUCCUGAGGCAGCGGCACACCAAAGAGGCCAUCCAUCUGGAGGAGCAGCUCGCCAAGGAGAGAGAGGCCGCGCUACGCAGGGCCAAGGCGGACGUUGAGAAGCAGAGACAAGAAGAACGAGAGAGACUGAUGUUCAACUUCCAGCAAGAAAUGCUGGACCUUAUGGGCAAUGCUGGCUCUUUGCCUCAUGAUGAACUGGAACUGAAGAAAGAGCAGCUCAAGAUGCAACAACAGAAACAACUGAAGGAUUUUGAUGAGCUGUCACAGAAAAUGACAGAGAAGGCUGAACGGGACCUGCUUCCUGAACUUGAGAUCUCUGAGACAAAUUCAAGGCUAGAGCUCAAAGAAAAGCAACUUCAGGAACUUGCUGAAGCCAUGAAAAAGUUCUCACCAGUGGAUGAGCUGAAGAAGAAAUAUGCUGAGGAUGCCAAGAAAGUGAAAGAUGAGCUGGAGAAGUUUAAAAAAGAUAUCAUGAACAAGAUGCAGAAAGAGUUGGAGAGACGGAAGGAGGAACAGAAAAAGAGGGAGGAAGAGAGGAAGCAGAAGAUGCUGCAUCAACUCAAACAACUGGAGAAAGACUUGGAGGAAGAUCACAAGAGGGAGGUUGAGAGACAGAAGGAAAGAGCAGCAGAGAAGGAUAGAGUGAGGAGGCAGCAAACCGAGGAGAGGAAAAGGAGACAGAGGGAGGAGAUAGAAAAGGCAAAUGUGAACGAGGAUGAGAAACGGAAGUUACUGAAGGAGCAUGAUGCUAAUAUGCGAAAGCUUGAGGAAAAUAUGAAACAGGAGCAGGCAAGAACUGAAGCCUCACUGGCUGCAAAAUUAGAAGCUCGCAAGCAACGGCGUCGUGGUGCGGCCAUAGCUGGGGUGGAGAAAACGUCACAGCUUGACCUGGAUGAAGAGAGGAGAAGAGAACUGGACAUGGCUUCAAGCCAGGCGCUGCUCUUUGGCAAACUGAACACUAAUGGCAAGCAAGCAUCUGCUCCUGAUAUCAAGGCAAGUGAUCCAAGUGGGUUCGAACCUUCAGGCAAUGCAGAACAAGACUGGGUGAAUCUACUCAUGAUGUCCCCACUGUUCAAACAGAUCAAUGACCUUGACAAUCUGCUCUCCAAGGCCACCACGACAACAGAUGGUGCUGGUUUAGGAGACUUGGUUCAUGGAGCGGACUACUCCCAGUCCUACAUCGACGUGAAGGACGCCCAGUGGGUGUGUAAGGGUGACCUCUGCCCGGUAGAUGUCAAGGCCAUCACGUCGUCACAGUUCGUUGUGUACCGCUACGGUGUGUUCCUCAUACGUCUGCUGCACCAGGUCAUUGACACACCCGAGGUCACACUCCUGCUGGCUUCAAACCUGCCACCAAAUAACUACAGCAACAAUGCUUUCCGGAACUCUGUCUUCUACGAGCACACUCGGAAUAUUUUGUUUGUGCGCCACGAGAGAAUGGACUCCAUCGGAGAGUUUGUGAUGGUCGUCGUCCACUCCCUGGCUCACAUUCACUGUGGUGACAUGACGGAUGACAGAAACUCGCUCUUCUUGAGGCAGUUCUACAAGGCUCUGAGGGUGGUGUGUCAGGACAUGUUCUUCUCGCGCUCGCGCAACACACCAGCCUCGCAGUCUCUGCUGACACCGUCCGGGGAGUCGUCCGGCACACGCCCAGCCCUGGAGGAGGCCCUGACCGGUCUGAGACACCAGGAGGACAAGAUGAACGUCAUCGGUGAACUUAUUGACCUCAAGGUGGACGGCCCGACCAGUGUUGACUAUUCAAGUCAGCGGCUGUCCCAGAGACUGUACGGAUAUGAAACAAUGGCCAGCAACGCCCGCCUCCGACAACAGCUGGCCGCCAGCGGAGGCUACUCCACAUCUGGAGAUUUCAUCGCAAACCGCAUGGCAGAGCUGAAAGGCUUAAGCUCUCCAAGACUGAGCCCAGGCAGAAGCCCCAAGAGAGCCCGACCUGCCCCCAUGAUAUCCAGCCCGCGAGAGGUCCUGGACUCGCAGAUUGUUGCCCUGCGCAGCAAGACAGAUGCCCUCAAUCUUGACCUUGCAAAGGCCCUGAAGACAGAAGCAGAAGUCAGAGAAGGUCUGGAAAAAGUCGCGGAGGGAUCUGACCAGGAGCGCUCACUGACUGACCGUCUGACCACUGCACUGAUGAACAAAGAGCAAUUAAUCAAAACUUUGUCUAUUCUGGAGGAUGAGAUUAUGCAGAAGGAAAAAGCUGUUAAGAAAAAGAAGUAGGGGGUAUGGGGCUUUAUUAAAAGAUGAUGAAUAAAAUAUUUGAAACAUCUGUGAUAUUGAUAUACUGGAAACUAAUUUGGUGAAUGAAUGCAAUUUGGGAUUUACUAGAAGUGAUUUGUGGUUUUAAGUUUGCAUAUUGUCCCCUGAAUUUGAGCCAGUGCCUUAAACAAAACAGAAAUGUGAACAUAGCAAGUACAGUACCCCUCCAUUGCGAGUUGCACCAGGGCAUACUUGGACAACUGAAAAAAAGAUUUGUAAAGAUUCAAGAACAAUUAACAUUUAUUGAAAACAUUUAGCACCUAAAGCUUUAAGUUAAACUUUUAAAGCUGAGAAAAUGGGGUUACAAUUUAAACAUUUGUUUCCUGCUUGACUAUUUCCUUCUUAGGUUUAUUAUGCACCUGUUGAAUCCAUAAAUACUCUACUGUGAUAACAAGAGCUAUAAUCUUACCACAAAUGCUAACAUUUGUUGUUGUACAGAUUUUUGUUGUUUUGUAUAUUUUUACCUCACUCGGAUUAAAGAAGUGUUUUAUAUGUCCAGUUUUGACUAAAUUGUGCAAGUGUUGGCUGCCUGUUAAUGUAAUUUUUUUUUUUAUCUCUACAAUUUUGAUCUUGUACAGUUCUACUUCUACUUGACGAUGCCUUCAGCUCAGAGGCGACACAGAUAAUAUACCUUUCAUUUGUACGGAGAAAGUAUGCAAAAGCAUUUUGUAAAAUAACAAAACCAGCUUUGCUUUUUGUCAUUGUUCAUAUUUUCAAAUAACAAGCUUGCAUUUAUUCUUUCUCUUAUCUAUGGUUUUCACAAAACAUGAAAAUGUUCAGUUUUUAAAGAAUUUGGUUUGAUUUUAUCAUUUAGGUGAGAAUCUUAGUAAAAGUACUUUUAUCAGUUAUACAGGAGGUCGUCAACUCUAAUAUCUAAAUGAUACACAGGCAUGACUGGACUUCAAGCUGCAAAUUCAAAAUGUCUGCUGCAGUUGAAAAUUGUGUUACCAUAACCUGGGUGUUGGCUCUGGACUUAGACUUGAAGAUUCGACAUUUUACCUGAAAUUACACCACGAUUUUUGCUUCUGUUGAAGUACUGUGAUUAUAUUUUAACCGUUAUGGAAUUGCAUAUUAAUAUAAUUUUACGUUCUCCUUUUUCAUAUUUUGAUUAUAAAACAGGGAUUGGGUACACUUUCACACUUUCAAAAAAAAAGUUUUUUCUAUGUGUUGAAUUAUUUUUGUCAAAUAAGGUUUUGUCUCUAAGAGGAAUAUAAUUUUCCCACUGGAUUUUUAAAAAUAAUUCAUCACCUGUUAUCAUAAUCUGUCCUGGUGUUGUGGACUAGACUGGCUGUAUAUAUAGGCCCUAUAGUUUCUGUUUUGAGUCAAACUUUCAAAAUGUUUGAUUUUUUCUAAGGUAAUUUAGUCUUUUUUUCAUGAACUGAACAAACCAAGCUGAAAGAGUGAAGGGAAAGAGGUGGGGGGGAAAAGUUUGCUUUAAUAAGGGGAAUUUACUAUUUGAAAAUUUCCUUUAUAUUUAAUUGGGAAGUUACCUUAUAUUCAGGAUCCUACGGGAGUCUCACCAACAGCAUUUUUAUAACGUUAACAUUCCGUCCAUUGUAAAGUUUAUAUCCUCAAAGUAUGAUUGUUUUUUAUUAUUUUAUAAUAUGAACUAAUGAACAGCUCUUGCUAUACUUAUUAUUAAACUGUGAUAGAUUUGCAAAAAGA